AACUUUUAACUAACAGUAAACACAAUUGUCAACGUUAAAUUUGAAUGUCGAACUUAAAUUAUUGUCUAAAAUUAUUCUACAAAAAUUUUUGUCAGAUUAAAGCCAUUACGAUUUAAUGAAAAAGUAUUCACUAAAUAACAAUUGUUUGUCGGUAAUUUUUCAGGACGUUUACAAUUGCAACCAAAUUACUCAUCACACAACAACAGUUGGGUUUUAAGUCUUUAGAUUUUAAACUAACGACACUAUGAACAAAUCAGAUCCCAUAUCACUAAGCUUCCAUGACGCCUGCCUUCGCAUGUCCGAUGUCCAACUUUUGCGUGGACCUCAAUGGCUGAAUGAUCAGAUAUUAAGCUUCUAUUACGAAUAUUUGUCGCACAUCAAGUAUAAGAACAACGAUGAUGUGUACUUCGUCACUCCCGAGGUUACGCAGUGCAUGAAGUAUAUGGACGAUUCGGAACUGAAAAUUAUAUUUGAGGAGAACAAUGCGGCUUUAAAGUCAUUCAUAUUUUUUGCGCUGAAUGACAAUGAAACAGCGGAAGCAGGAGGAACUCAUUGGUCACUGCUUGUGCUCUCGAGACCGGAGAAAUCAUUCUUUCACUUUGAUUCAUAUGGCAACAGCAACUCAGUCCCAUCGAUAGAAUUGAUAAGCAAGGUUAAGGACUCGCUCGGAGUUCGACAGGCCAAGUUCCGUCCCAUGCGAUGCCUUCAGCAGGCAAAUGGAUAUGAUUGUGGUAUUCAUGUUAUUUGCAUGACCGAUCAUAUUGCUGAUUAUGUGAAUCGAUACGAGGUGAUCGAAGGAUUACCCUUGUUACAUAUGGACACUGUUCUGUCAAAGCGAUCAGAGCUUCUCAAGCUGAUCCUCUCCCUCGGCGGCAGGGAAUAGUUUCUUGUGUUUAUAGACCUAUUAUGGCUUCAUAAAUUGUAAUAAAUGUAACUAUAUUAUAAUAUAA